AUGGCCAGCGCUGUGGACCAUACUUGGACCGACUCCGUGACAUUUCUAUUUGAGCCCAGUGCAGAAGGUAGAGAAGCAGUUUUUAGCGUGGAAGAAAAGCCAGAUUGGAGAACACCUAUCAUUCAUUUCUUACGCACGGGCGAGCGUCUUGACGCGGUUGUAUCGCAGCGCUACCUUUACUGUCGAUACUGUAUGCUCAAUUACCAGCUCUAUCGCAGGUCCUUCACACAUCCACUCCUCAAGUGUCUCUCACCAGAGGAAACAUUGUAUGCUAUCAAGGAAAUCCACCAGGGCUGCUGUGGUAAUCACGCGGGGUACAAAGACCUUAUGCGGAAAAUAGUCAGGGCUGGAUUCUAUUGGCCCACGAUGGGGGAGGACGCUAAAAAUUUUGUCAACAAAUGUGAGACUUGUCAGAAGUUUGCCCUGCGUAUAGGGUUGUAA